AAAAUGGUUCGUCGGCGCACUGCUUCCCCAUCUCCAUCGGCCCCAGUUCGAUCGGCUCCACGUCCAGCCGCCCAGUCAUCCUUCGCCGCUCCACCACCAAGACCAGCCGCCGCUGCUCCAGCUUAUCAUCCACCAGCAGCUCCAACUCCAAUGGGAGCCCCAAUGGGUGCUCCAUCUCAGGGACCAGGAUUGAUGAAGCAAAUGGCUGCAACCGCCGGAGGAGUCGCCAUUGGAUCCGCUGUUGGUCACGCCGUCGGAGGAAUGUUCACCGGAGGCGGUAGCUCUCAUGCCGAGCAAGCUCCAGCUGCUGCUGCUGCUCCAGCCGGUGCUCCACAAGCUUCUGGCUACUCGCAGCCAUGCGAAUUCGAGUGGAGACAAUUUGUGGACUGCGCACAAAACCAAUCUGAUGUUUCUCUGUGCAACGGAUUCAAUGAUAUUUUCAAGCAAUGCAAGGCCAGAUAUGCCUAAUCACAGUUCCCCCGUAUAGAUAUUGAAUUAAGUGAAAACGUUUAGCAUUUGGUGGAAAUUGAUUAUUUCUCUCUGAAAACUCAAAUUCUACUUUAUGGUUAUCGCUUUCAAUUUGACUUUUUUCCUUUUUUUUGUCGUAUUUAGCUCCCUGAAUUCCAAAUGUUCCGUAGUUUUGUUCUUUUUCAAUUUUCCCCAGUUUUCUGUUCGCAAAUAAAUUGACUCGUUGUUUU